AUCCUCAGAGCGAAAAAAAGAAGAGGAAAAAACAAAGAGAUUUUGUGUUUCAGGUGAUAGAAGCUAUGCCGACGGGUGGAUUCUCAUCGGUGCCUCCGGCGGGGGUGGAGUUCGAAGCUAGAUCACUCCGAUUGUCAUCAUUUCUUGUAUAAUGGCCGCCACCGGCGGCCUCAUGUUCGGUUACGACGUCGGUGUUUCUGGUGGCGUUACGUCCAUGCCGGACUUCUUGAAAAAAUUCUUCCCGGUUGUUUAUGAAGAGCCAAAACCCGGAACCGAUGGAAACUACUGCAAGUACGAUAACCAAGGCCUGCAAUUGUUCACUUCGUCGCUUUAUUUGGCUGGUUUAACGGCCACUUUCUUCGCAUCCUACACGACCAGGACGCUCGGCCGCCGCCUCACCAUGUUGAUCGCCGGUUUCUUUUUCAUUGUCGGUGUCGUCCUGAACACCUCCGCUCAAGACCUUGCCAUGCUUAUCACCGGAAGGAUAUUGCUGGGUUGCGGUGUCGGUUUCGCUAAUCAGGCUGUGCCAUUGUUCCUGUCUGAGAUAGCACCUACCAGGAUUCGUGGGGGGUUGAACAUAUUAUUCCAACUUAAUGUCACUAUUGGAAUUCUCUUUGCUAAUCUUGUCAACUACGGCACUGCUAAAAUCAAAGGUGGAUGGGGUUGGCGGCUAUCAUUAGGUUUGGCAGGCAUCCCGGCACUUCUCUUAACCGUGGGGGCCCUCAUGGUUGUCGAUAGUCCCAACAGUCUCAUCGAGCGUGGUCGUCUUGAAGAAGGAAAGGCCGUGCUCCGAAGGAUUCGUGGCACUGAUAACAUCGAGCCAGAGUUCCUUGAGCUUGUGGAGGCGAGUCGUUUGGCCAAACAAGUGAAACAUCCAUUCAGGAAUCUCCUUCAACGUAGGAAUCGACCGCAACUCGUGAUUGCGGUUGCCUUGCAGAUCUUCCAACAAUGUACCGGUAUCAAUGCAAUCAUGUUUUAUGCGCCCGUCUUGUUUGACACAUUGGGAUUUGGCAGUGAUGCUGCACUUUACUCUGCCGUUAUUACCGGGGCUGUCAAUGUGUUGUCUACCAUCGUAUCGAUUUACUCAGUCGACAAAGUGGGCCGUCGUGUGCUGUUACUCGAAGCCGGUGUCCAGAUUUUCUCUCAAGUUGUCAUAGCAAUUAUUCUUGGUAUCAAGGUUCAGGAUCACUCCAAUGAUCUCCACAAAGGUUUCGGAAUCUUCGUGGUCGUUAUGGUGUGUACUUUUGUUUCGGCCUUCGCGUGGUCAUGGGGACCCCUCGGUUGGCUAAUCCCGAGUGAGACGUUCCCACUCGAGACCCGAUCAGCAGGACAGAGUGUGACAGUCUGUGUCAACUUGCUCUUCACCUUUGUCAUAGCUCAGGCUUUCCUCUCUAUGCUCUGCCAUUUCAAGUUCGGAAUCUUCUUGUUCUUCUCCGGGUGGGUGCUCCUUAUGUCGAUCUUUACGUUGUUCCUAAUCCCAGAGACGAAGAACAUUCCGAUCGAGGAGAUGACGGAGAGAGUGUGGAAGCAGCACUGGUUUUGGAAGAGGUUCAUGGACGACGAAUAUGAUGGAAAAGCUGUUACAAAUGGAGAUUUUGCAAAGAAAAAUGGGCAUGCUAAUGGCUUUGAUCCAACAUCACAGUUGUAAAUUUGAGAUGAUUCUAAGCACAUCUCAUCACAAUAGAAAAUAGACAUAAUACUAUCAUAUAUGUAGC